AGCGCGUGCACGCAGCGGCAAGCGCACGCGGCGCGCACGAGCGGGGCGCGCCAUUCUGCCAAGGCGCCUGGCGGGAUCGCGCGCGCUCGCGAGAUGGCUGCCGGGGCUGGCGGUGGCUGGUCCGCCGCCAGCGCGGUUGCCCUUCACGCCCGUGCCAGGAGGCGCGGCCCCGCUCGGACCGGGCGGGCGCUGCUGCUGGGGGCCGCCGCCGCCGGGGCCGCGCUCGCGAGCGCGCGGGCGGUGCUGCGGGAGGCCGGGCGCUCCUUCGCUGCCGCGGGGGGCCGCCCAGACGAGGGCGUUGUCCAGGGCGCCGGUGGCCCCCGAGGUGCCCGCCGGCGGGAGUGGCUGGCGGCCGCCGGCGCGGCGGGCGUCGCCGGGCCGACGCCGGCGCGGGCGAGCGAGAUCAGCGUGUUCGGUGCAAAUUUGGAUUUGAGCUUCCUCGACCCGAAAGCGCCGGAGGACUACAACAAGCCCCCGGCUGAUGCCGAGGUGUUUCCCAGCGGCCUCGUGUCGAAGAUCCUGCUGAGACCGCAGUGCGCCCUCUCCAAGUUCACACCGCCCGAAAAGCUCGCCAAGUGCCCCAAGGCGAAGCCGUACGACAAGGCACCCUCGUAUCCGGUCGAGGUGGCAAAAGUCGGCCACGGCCGGUUUUUCUACGUGGUCGAAACCUGGAGGCAAUUCUCCUGUCCCAGGACUGUCAAGAAACGGCCCAGAGGUUCAGCUUGGCGAAGUGGUCGAAGCCCAGGGUGCAGACGACACGAACAGAAAUGCAACGUUGGAUGAGGGGGCGAUAAGCCGCGUGCGAUACAGACGGGUUCACCUGGCACCGUCGAGAUUCGCACCCGGACUGGUUUCAAGACACGCACCGUUCAUCUCGACUUAUUUCUUCCUCCUUUUUUUCCCUCUCUGCCUCCGGGAUUGAAUCUCCAGAUAUGUUGGGCCAGUCAUCUCAGCUUGAUACAUAUGCC